CCUGGCUAUUUUAUCUAUUCCAAUCUCCCAAGCACCUACAUCAAGGACAAACCAUCGAGAAUGGCAACGCCCGCUGUACCCCCCGAACUUGCUCGCAUAGUCACCCCAUGGCGCCUCGAACCGCAUCGAACCUUCAUCCUCAGCAACGCCAAUCUCAUCGACCCUGUCUCCGGAGAGGUGACCAAAAACACCACAAUCCACAUUGCAGCCGGCCACGUUAAGUCGAUAGGCGAUGAUACCCCCAGCGAUCCUCCCAGCAAUGCCGUAGUAAUCGACCUAGACGGCAAGUACGUCUGCCCGGGCCUCAUCGACUCGCAUGUCCACCUUGCCGCGGUCCCCGGCGCAACGAGUCUCCUCGAGAUGAAAAACCUGACACCAAGCGUCAGCCUCCUCCGUCAACCAAACCUCUGCCAGUCCAUGCUCGACCGCGGCUUUACAACCGUGCGCGACUGUGGAGGCGCGACCCUCGCCCUCAAGGAGUCCAUUCAACGCGGUGUCAUCCGUGGCCCGCGUCUCUUCAUAGCCGGCCACGCCCUGUCGCAGACAGGCGGGCACGGGGACCGGCGUGACCAGCACGACGAGAACGAAUGCUGCGCGGGCCACGUAAACGGGAUUGGACGAAUCGUGGACGGGGUAGCGGAAUGUCUGAAAUAUGCGCGGGAAGAACUGCGGCAGGGGUCGGAUUUCAUCAAGAUCAUGGGCGGUGGCGGCGUGGCAAGCCCCGCAGAUCAGAUCCAGCACCUGCAGUUCUCCGACGAGGAGAUCCGAGCGAUUGUCACCGUCGCCGAGAAUGUAGGUACCUAUGUUACCUCGCAUGCGUAUACCCCACAGGCCAUCCAGCAGGCGAUCCGCCAAGGGGUCAAGGGAAUCGAACACGGGAACCUCCUUGACGAGCCGACGGCAAUUAUGAUGAAGGAAAGCAAUGUCUUUCUCACCCCGACGCUGGUUACCUACGCUACCAUGGACAGUAGCGACUUCCGUAACUUUCUCCCCGCACCUUCCAGGGAGAAAAAACGCGAGGUCCUAGGCAAGGGCCUGGAGGCGCUCGAGCUUGCGAAUAAGAUUGGCGUUGACAUUUGUCUGGGGACAGACCUCCUGGGGCCACUGCACUUUGCGCAGAGCAAGGAGUUUCUCAUUCGCAGUGCCGUGCAGACACCGCUCGAGAUUUUGCGGAGUGCUACUAUUAACCCAGCACGAAUGCUGAAGCAGGAGAGGUUCUUGGGCCAAGUCGCGCCUGGUUUUGCUGCUGACUUGCUCAUCUUGAAUGCGAACCCUUUGGAGGAUAUUAGUGUUCUUGACCGGCCUGAUCAGCAUCUGCUGGCGACAAUUAAAGACGGUCGAGUCGUCGGGUCGCGCUGGAGUCGGUUGGAUGUUGAGGCAAUCGUGCCGGCCAAGUUGGCUUAA